UGAGUUGCGGACAUUUUGAAAGCUUUUGGAGGAUUAAGUUAAUAUUAUAGUUCACCGUUAUUAUAAUUUUUCUUGACUUUUUUAUUAUAAUUUGUGGAUUAUAAUAUUAUUGUUUCCACAGUUUUAAAAUUAAGACGUUAGAGGACCAGUUUUCUUCUUUUUUUGAUUUUCUGGAUAUAAUUAAAUGCUAAUUAAGAAAGUACCAGCAAGAUGGAGACGACUUCCAAACUUGCGGUCAAUGUGCUUAGCAACUCAAUGUUUUUCCUAGAAAUGCAGAUUACUAAACCAGCUGGAUAACUGAUAAAUCCCCAUUAUCAAUCCUCAUUAUCAACAUUUCUUUUUAUCAAUUCAAGGUUCAUCACCUUUCUUUUCUUCAAAAUCCAUCCCCUUCUCUUGUACAGAUAGCCAUUCCGAUGAGGAAUAUACUAUUUUCAUGGCCUUUUUUAGUACCCAUAUGGUCGAUGUUACUUCCACUAGACAGUAACGUCGUCUUUGGACGAUGCCUUGAGGAUCAGCAGUCUCUGUUGCUGGAAUUGAAGAAUAAUCUUGUAUACGAUUCUUCCUUGUCCACGAAACUGGUGCAAUGGAAUGAAAGUGUCGAUUACUGUAAUUGGAAUGGUGUUAACUGCAGCGACGGCUGUGUUAUCGGUCUUGAUUUGAGCGAGGAAUCGAUUUUAGGUGGGAUUGAUAAUUCAAGCAGUCUUUUCAGUCUUCGGUUCUUACGGAAUUUGAACUUGGGUUUCAACAGGUUUAAUUCCCCGAUGCCUUCGGGAUUUAAGAGGCUUUCGAAUUUAAGGGUGCUGAAUAUGUCUAAUUCCGGAUUUAAUGGCCAGAUUCCUAUUGAGAUUUCAAACUUAACUGGGUUGGUCAGACUCGAUCUUACUAGCUCGCCUCUCUUUCAAUUUUUGGCACUGAAGCUUGAGAACCCAAAUUUGAUGACUUUUGUUCAGAAUUUGAGCAAUUUGAGAGUGCUAAUUUUGGAUGAUGUAGAUUUAUCAGCACAAGGAAGGGAAUGGUGCAAGGCCUUGUCAUCAUCUCCACUGCUUAAUCUAAGAGUGUUGAGUUUAUCGAGUUGUUCUCUUAAUGGACCUCUCGAUCCUUCCCUUGUGAAGCUUCCAUCUCUAUCAGUGAUUCGUCUAGAUAAUAACAUAUUUUCCUCACUAGUUCCUGAAGAGUUUGCAGAGUUCUUAAAUCUGACUUCGCUGCAGCUUAGCAUUACGAGAUUACGUGGAGUUUUUCCACAAAGCAUAUUCAAGGUGCCAAAUCUUCGUACUAUCGACCUAUUCAAUAAUGACCUGCUGCAAGGUUCGUUUCGAGAUUUUCAGUUUAACGGACCCCUUCAAACUCUAGUACUCCAAGGCACAAAUUUUUCAGGAACACUGCCAGAAUCUAUUGGAAAUCUUAAGAAUUUGUCCAGAUUAGACUUGGCGGAUUGCGACUUUGGCGGAUCAAUCCCAAAUUCUAUCCAAAACCUUACACAACUCACCUAUUUGGAUCUUUCGAGCAACAAAUUUGUUGGUCCAAUCCCAUCAUUUUCUCAAUUGAAGAAUCUUAUUGUCUUAAACCUGGCUCAUAAUCGGUUGAAUGGUUCCUUGCUUUCCACAAAAUGGGAAGAGCUUUGCAAUCUCGUUAAUCUUGAGUUGCGUAACAAUUCCAUCACUGGAAAUGUUCCUUUGUCUCUCUUCAAUCUUCAAUCAAUCCGGAAGAUUCAACUGAACUACAAUCUAUUAAAUGGUAGUUUGAAUGAGCUCUCGAACGUGUCCUCUUUGUUACUUGAUACCCUUGCUUUGAAGAGCAAUCGGUUAGAAGGGCCAUUCCCAAUGUCGUUUUUGGAACUUCAAGGUCUGAAGAUUCUCUCACUUUCAUUCAACAAUUUUACCGGAAGAUUGAAUCUAACCGUAUUCAAGCAGCUUAAGAAUAUUAAAAGACUUGAACUCUCAAGCAACAGCCUGUCCGUUGAAACAGAAAGCACCGACUCAGGUUCUGCCUUUCCACAAAUUGCCACAUUAAAGUUGGCUUCUUGCAAUUUAAAAACGUUCCCUGUCUUCUUGAAACAUCAAAAUGAACUUCAUUCUCUUGAUCUCUCCCGUAAUGAACUUCAAGGACAAGUACCUUUCUGGAUUUGGAAUCUUACCGAGCUCGUUGAGUUAAAUCUUUCUUGCAACUCUCUUGUUGGUUUCGAAGGUCCUCCAAAGAAUCUUUCUCCCAGUCUCUAUCUUCUUGACCUUCAUUCCAACAAAUUUGAAGGGCCACUACUUUCGUUAUUUCCUCCAUCUGCUACCUAUUUGGAUUUCUCCAGUAACAGUUUUUCUUCUGUUAUUCCUCCUGAAGUCGGUAAGUACCUUGGGACAACAGUCUUUUUUUCUCUAUCAAGAAAUCACAUUCAAGGUAGUAUCCCGGAAUCCAUAUGCAAGGCUCACAGUCUUCGGGUACUAGAUCUGUCUCAUAAUAACUUGAGUGGUAUGAUUCCCCAGUGUUUAACUGAGAUGAUUAAGACUCUAGCGAUACUAAAUCUGAAAGAAAAUACCUUCAAGGGCUCUAUUCCUAAUAUAUUUCCAAAUAUAUGCGGUCUUAGAACUCUCGAUAUCAGUGGAAACAACAUUGAAGGGCAGGUACCAAGUUCAUUAUCAAAUUGCAGAAAUUUGGAGGUUUUGAACCUUGGGAAUAAUCAGAUAUUCGAUAUGUUUCCAUGUACAUUAAAGAACAUAUCCACCUUGCGCAUCCUCGUUCUUCGCGCGAACCAAUUUCAUGGAAAUAUUGGAUGUCCAGUGAGUAAUGACAGCUGGCCUAGCUUGCAAAUUAUCGACCUAUCUCAAAACAACUUUAGUGGUGAUAUACCUGGAAAGGUCCUAAUGAAGUGGAAAGCAAUGGUGGAUGAGGAAGACUUUAGCAAGACAAGAGCUAAUCUCCUUCGUUUUAAUUUCUUCAAAUUCAGUUCCGUGAACUAUCAAGACACGGUAACUGUUACAAGUAAAGGUUUUGAGGUGGAACUGACAAAAAUCCUAACAGUCUUCACAUCCAUCGACUUCUCGUGCAAUCACUUCGAUGGCUAUAUACCUGCAGAAAUCGGAGAACUCAAGGCGCUUUAUCUUCUCAACUUGUCCCACAAUUCCCUGUCCGGUGAAAUUCCCUCAUCUAUAGGAAAUUUGAGUCAGCUGGGUUCUUUAGAUCUUUCAAGUAACAUGCUUACUGGCGAAAUCCCUCUACAGCUCGCGGACCUAUCGUUUCUAUCUGUAUUGAAUCUGUCCUACAAUCAAUUGGUUGGUAUGAUUCCCAUUGGCUCGCAAAUCCAAACAUUUUCUGCAGACUCCUUUAUUGGUAAUGAAAGAUUAUGUGGAGUCCCUUUGCCGAAGGAAUGUGGAAUUGCAAUUCAACCAUCAUCUUCAGAUACAAUGGAAUCUUCAGAAAACGAAUUUGAAUGGAAAUAUAUAAUAAUUACACUUGGAUUCAUAUCAGGAGCUAUCACGGGCGUAAUCGCUGGUGUUUGCGUCUGGGAGAAAAAAUCGAAAGCAUUGAUGAGAUGGGCUUCGGCUUUGGCUUUGGCUUUGGCUUUUCAUAAUAAUAAUAAUAAUAAUAAAAGAAGGGUUUAAUCUCAUUCGGAAUGGAAAAUAGGUGUUGGGAGGGACAUGGAAUUUUAAGUUUGUUUUAGAUUGGUUCAUAGCGAACGUAUGAACACGAACAGAUCAGAUGUGGAUUGGGAUUUAUAACACUCCAAGUUAAAAAUUGCUGAAAGGUAAAUAUUCUGAAUCGACUAA